GUCCAAUCGGUGAAGAAGGCUUCGCAGUCGUGCUUGUGCCCGCCUCGACAAGAACCGCUUCGACCUGUCGCUGGUCGCUUCUUCGUGCUCUACCUUCGGCAUUGGCCAGCCGUCUCAUCACUCGCCAUCAGCAUCGCAUUGCCGGCGGUCAUUCGGUCCUGCGAUGGUUUAUUAGAGCAAUAUUCCUGAGACUCUGCUUGAAGUCGCGAGCUCCCGUCGCGCGCCGACUGCAGCCUCUCGAAGCGCACCCACCCAUCUUACUCCAUACCGACCGCGAAAAUGUUUUCCUCCGCGCUCCACGAGGGCGGGCCCGCCAAAGGAACGCGGAGCAGCCGUCGCCGCCAGCGCCCCGUCAGCUCCGACACCUCGGUCCAGCAGCCGAAGGCGAAGCGCCAACGGGUGCCUCUGUCCGAAACCACCUUCGCGAAUCCUGACCCGUCGCCCGAGAUGUACGAGGUCAAGCCCGACAAGAUUGACGUCCUGGCAGCCAAGCGCGACGGCAUCGAGAACAUGGGCGCGCCGCGCAAGGAGCUCAGCGUGCGUUCCAAAAAGCCUAAGCCGGGCGAGAGGAGCAGCAAGGGCGAUGGAAGCAUUGUUUUGACGGCAAAUAAUGCGUUUACAGUGAGCAAGUUGCCGGCGCUACCAGACAGACUCCGCCCAGUGGCGCAAACCAGGACCGAGACACUCCUCACCACCAAGGGUGGAAUGCUUCGCGGACCGGCCUUGCUCAACUCGUCCAAAGACCGACAGCACGGCGCCAUCUACUCAUCAAGCGGUUAUGCCCUGAGCCUGACUCAUACCCACGCCUUCAUCUGGCCCUACACAUCCACGGCGUCCUCCCCCGAGACCUUCAUAUUCACACUCCCGUACCCUUCGAAGCACGCCUCCGACCCGCUUCCGCUUGGCUCUCUGGUUAGCCCAUCGGGUCCCUCCGAUGAGCCUGGCCUUCUCAUCGUCAUGCCAAUGAGCGGUAAAGUCGCCUACUGGGAAUCUAUCUCGAGCGCAGCCACUCUCGACCUCCUCCGCCAACAACGGACCGGCGUCGAAGAUUCAAUAUCCGGAAUGUACUCUGGAGAGCUCGUCACCCAGAUCGUCAAUGCUGAAUCCGCGGGAUUCGUAUUGGUUUUCAGCACGGGGCGGAUGGCGUACCUGAAUGUAAGGGAUGCACACGGGCGGCCUGGGAUUUCUGUUCAGUUCCUCCGGAACGGGCUGGGCGGUAACGCUCUGGGCUUUCUCGGCACCAUCCGCCAAGCACUAUCUUCGGCCGCAUUCCGGGGCGACAUUGCCGCCGCCCGGACCAGCCACGGGUCAAAGGUCGGGGAGCGGGUGGUUGUUGCCGCGACAUCCAAAGGACGACUACACUCUUGGAAGAUCCACCGCGGCGGUCAUCAUGAGCUUCUCGUCGAUUUCGAUCUCCGAGAGCGACUAGUCGAAGCCAUCCAAGGAGUGGAUCCCCCGUCCAGGAGCUUCCCCCAGGACUCCUUCGAGGUGCUCGAUUUUACGCUUGUGCCUCGGGGUCUGGAACAGAAGUCCAUAACCGCCAGCCGGUUGAGCGAGGCUUUGACGUACGAAGACGACUCGCUGCAACAUGCGCUGCUUCUGGCGUCAUUCUCCAAGCAUCAUCAGGCUCGGUAUUCACUCGUGGAGGUAGUCGUCUGCCCGGAGGGGCCUCGGGUCGGAGCGGUGCGGCCGGUGACCUCAUACGGCAGUCCCGCCAGAUCAAAUGCCCCAGAGAAACCUCGCAUCUAUCUUCCACGCCCUGCGCUUGUGGCCUUCAUCGUCUUCGACAGGGCUGUGGUUGUUGCUUCCAUGGCGGCACCGCCCGACUCUCCGGAUUCACAACUGCAGGAGGACAGUCACAUCAUACCCGCUACCUUCGAGGAUGUGGUGGAUUUCCGGGACGACGAGGACUUGCAAGUUGUUGGCUCUGGCAUCGAAGAACCCAGCGGGAACGGGCCCGCGCAAGAUGACCUACGGCCCCACCGCCAUAGGACAAAAAAUCCCACCGUUGUGCUCCUGCUACAAGGGGUCGGAACCGUCAGGAUCGCGAUUACCGAUGUCGACCGAUUCGCUAGCGACACGCCGCCGCAGGUUACUGCGAAGAGCAAACUCGAACAGGCAGUGUUCUUCGGGGUCAAGGAUGACAACCCGCUGGUUUUCCAAGGAAAGAGACAACUUCCGUUCUCGAGCCGGGAGAUUGGGAACGCGGCGAUCGAGCUGAGCCACGAGAUUGUGAGCUCAAAAACUCCCUUCAUCGCGAGCUUGCCCGCCUCUCUCGAGAACAAUAUGAAGAGCAGAGUUGCCUACCUUGACGGCCUGAUUGCCUAUCUCAACUCGCUCCAGGUCGACUUGGACAUGCGCACCCGAUGGAUGCUGCUCUACAACGCCGAGAAGAUGGCCGUCGCUACCUGGAUAUGGCAGAAACAUGAGCAAUUCCUCGCUGAGCGUCCCAAGGGCGAGAAAAAGACGCUGAUCUCGGAGACGGCAGUUUACAUCAACGAGCAACAGAAGACGGAGCUCAACGUGGCCGUCGGCCAGGUUGAUCCUGUGCGCCACUGGUUCAUCAACGACGUCUGGAGGCUGGACAUCUUUGUGGCCUGGGCUUAUCAGAUCAUCAAGUAUCACUUCACCGAGCGGUUGACGGACGAGGCCGGCCUUAAUCGGCUGGUCUGGGAAGCCGUCACGGUUAAUAACGGUGCCCUGUUUGAGGCUCGCCAGUUCCGGCUUAACCGGGCGAGGCAAUACGGCGUCGACGCCCAGGAUAUUGCGGUGGGCAAUGCGAUUCCUGAACCCUGGACCGCAACGUACUUCAUCACCAACAACCUCAAGCGACUGGUCGAGUUUUGCUACCAAUGGCUGGAGAGGCAUUGGCGCCAGCCCUCCGAGGACAAUCCAGUGGAUCUCCGCCUCCUCGAAUCCGUCCGGCAUCUUCUGCCUUCUUUGACGAGCCAGUAUCUCACGUCUCUCACCGAAUUCUCUGCUUGGGCCGCCCUGAGCGACGAUGCUCAGGCACAGGAGCGGGGCAGGAGCUACCAGCAGAUAUACCAGGAAGACGUCUACACAAAGAUACUCAGACUGAAGGACUUCAAACUCUGGGACGAGGCCAUCGACCUCGCGAAGGAGUACCAGGCGCUUGAUUCGCUCGCGGAGGUUGUGGUUCAACAGAUUCUAGCCCUGGAACAGUCCGCUGCGGAGGGAAACAUCACCGACAGCGCCGCGCAAGAAAAUCUUGCUUUGGCAAAGAUAAAGAAGCAGCAGAUGGGCCACCUGUUCGACGAGUACGGGGAGAGUUUCGCGUUCCGCGCGUACGGAGUUCUGCUGGAGAGCAGUGGAGUACAGGCGGUGCUGGACUUCCCCUACGACAAAGGCGGCUACGCGACCAGAUUCCUGCGGACCAAGCCGGAGCUCGCCAAGAUUUCCUGGAUCAACGACGUCGAGCGGGAAAAGGACAUUGACCAUGCCGCGGAGACCCUUCUGGAUCUGGGCCUCACCCGUGAGCAGCAGGUCUGGAACAAGAAGAUCGAGCUGAGUCUGGGCAAGCUGGCGCUUUUGGCCGAAGAGGCCGAGCUGGCAGCCAACGGCGAUGGCGCCAGCAGCGUCCCGUCCGAACACGAGGGGAAGAACGGCGCCAAUAUCGAGAAGAUCGAUCAAGCGCUGGAGCUCAUCAAGAUUCAAGACGCUCUCUACAGCCACAUCCUGCCCACCAUUCAAGAGGGUGUCGACGAGGCGGCCGAAUUGGAGCUGGCUGUGAAGGAACAUGGGAUCCUGAUCCCGAAGAGGCAGAAGGCGCUCCACCAGAUGUUCGAGGACGGCAUGUCGCGCCUCCUUAGGCACGAAGCGCUGCAGCCCCACACACUGAUCGACCUGCUUACCCUGGCUGCCCUCCCCGCCGACCACUACGACACCAUGGGCGACCAGUUCUACCUCGCACUCAAGGUCGCCAAGUACGGCCUCAAGGGCGAAGAACGCGCCGACGCGGAGCGGCUGAUCUGGCGCCGGUGUUUCACGCGCGACGACUGGAAGCGGGUCAACGAGACUAACGAGAAGGGCGACCUCGACCAGCUGGCAACCGUGGGCGAGACUGCGGCCUACCACACCCUGUUCGCCAUCGUUGACGAACAACAAUCAGACUCGGAUUUCCGCCCCUUCGUCAAGCCGUCGGACGCGCUCGGCGUCUUCACCAACGCGCUCGACCGCCGCUUCGACAACAUGGACGACGGCUUCCGCGCCAAGCUGCUCGACGCCAUGCGGUGGGAGGACGGCCGGCUGCGCACUUUCGUCGACAAGGCGCAGCUCGACGCCUGGUACCGCACGGCCAGGGAGUGCGCCGAGAAGACGGUCGUCGUCAGCUACGACCGGAUGACGGCCGCCAACUCGGCCGCGCCUGCUGCUGCUGCUGCUGCUGCUGCGCGGGCGCCGGCUGCCCAGCACCAGGUGAAUGGGAAUGGGAUUGCUAGUGGGACGCGCUUGGUGCUCGGGGAGGCGGACGAGGGGAAGAUGAUGAUGCCUGGCGGGCUGUUUGCGGUUUGAGCGCGCGGUGGCAGGCCGUGGUAUGCAAGUCUUGACUUUUUUUUUUCUUUUUUGUCUUGUUCUCUUUUAUUUUGUUUGGUCUUGUAUUUGCGAUGAAGCGCGGGAAAUGGAGGAUGGCCAGGGAAAUGGCCUUUUUUCCUUCCGGCAGGAUGGGGCGGUUAGGGGGCUCAG